AUGCCACAGAGCAAGCAACAGCAGCCGGUGAUCACCACCAUAACGAUCAUUGCAACAAUCGUUAUCAUGGCUGCACGGCGGCCGUUAGUCAGCGACGCGCGGAUCGUCAACAUCACCAACAGGGUCGGCGGCAUGAAGGCACUGUUAGUCCACUGUGCAUCCGCCGACGACGACCUCGGAGCCCGCGCCGUGAACUCCGGCGAGGUCUACAGCUGGCAUUUCGAGGACAACUGGCAGGUCCUGAGGAACGCGCUUUUCUGGUGCAACCUCGCGUUGGAAGACGAGCGUGUCUCUUUUCAGGCGUACGUUGAGCGAGCAGGCCGUGGUGGGUACGCUGUCCUGGGAUACGACGUCAACGAAACUGGGGUGUUUGGCCCUGACAUGAACGACAUGUCGAGGACUGAAACACAAACAUCCAUCCCCUAA